AUGGGUAGAAAGUAUAACAUUCCGGACUACACACGACUAUUACGCGUGGCUAAGCGUGAUAGAGUAGAAAAGGCUAAAGAACUCAAGGAAAAUCAAAAAAUGCAAGAGCGGAGACUACGUCGCCAUGGGCACGAAUCUCGCCGAGAAAAGCGCAAGGAAAGUAGAAACACUACCAGCUGCACUUACACAGCACGAGAUUCUCCCACAUACGAACCAUAUACGGACACUGGAUCAUCUUCAACGUCGUCCGACGAAGGCUUUAAAAACUCUACACAAGAUGACGGAUUUGUAAUCGAAUUUGGCGACUCGCAAUCUUUCCAUGCUCGCCAAAGCCCUGGUCGAUCUCCACGAGAGAUGGACAGGUAUUCCAGUUCUACGAGACAAAAUACUCAGGAUUUCACAUCAAGCACACGCAAAUCCACUAAAGAAUCUAAGCAGGCUGUGGGGUCUAGUGCUGCUAGCGGUUCGGUUCAGAAAAAAUUAACCCCUGCCGAGAAGUUGAGAUUAAAAGUGCAAAUGGGGCUAAAAAAACAGAUUGCUGUGGACGAGGAGAAGAAAUUAAUGAAAGAACGACAACAGGAGUUUGAACGAUUAGGAGGGAAUGAAGCCGAGUUAAGCGCUAUGCACUCGACUAGAAAUUUACCCAGAAAGUCGCAAUCACUCUCUACAUCAGAGUCAUCUGAAUCUGACCGUCGAGGCAGACGGCAUAGGCCGCGAGAAAGAUCCGUAACGAGAGCGAGACUCGUCAAAGAUCGCGUUCUUCAUCGUAUGACAGUCGCAGAGGCAGGCGUCGCCGUCGAUCGUCACCCUCAAGCUCUUCUAGUUCAUCAUCCUCUUACGGUCAUGGUAGGAAACGGUAUAGCUCUAAACGCAAAAGGCGGAGAUCGUCGAGCAGAUCUAGAUCUCGAACAAGACGAAGGCGAUCCGACUCUUCCGACGAGGAUUAUCGGCGGCGGCAGAGACGACGCUGAAACGUAG